UCAAUUGUAAGCAUGCUGUACUUGUAUGCGAUGACCUUCAAUGAUCCAAAGUUUUGGACUAAAACGCCGCGAUAUAAAAUGCGUGGAGAAUUGCGUACGCCAAAACCACCGGAGGAUUAUUGCCGCAAAGGACUCUGUCCGCCGGGUGUGAACCACAUUGCCUGUGACAAUCCGUUUUGGGGACCACAGUGUAAAAAGCCACGUGAAGGAGUUAAUAUGGAUCGUCUAAAAUCUUUAAUCGUUGAUCAUCAUAAUUGGCUGCGCCGUCUUUUAACUAGAACGCUUCCGGUCUCACCUUUGGAUCCGUACUUGGGAGAUUUACCAACAGCCAAGCACUUUCCCAAGGUACAAUGGGAUCAAGAGCUCUCUAUACUGGCAAUGCGUGUAACAAACUUCUGCAAUGAUGAAAAAGCCAGUGAAUGUGUAAACACGCCUCGUUUCUUAAACGUGGGAAAAAGUACUAUGAGUCAUUCAAACCCUGUACGUCAAUUUCCGGAAGCUAUUAUAACACAGGCAUUGUAUUUUUUUGGAUUUGGUCCACUACAAAAUGUGGACUCAACGUUCGUAACGAGUUUUCCAUCAGAUGCAUCCAGUAACGAAUAUGCAUUAGCAAAUAUAAUCAAUGACAAAGUUCGAUAUGUCGGCUGCGGUAUAUUACUUCAAAGAUCUGGAAUUAACUGGAAUUAUCACAUUACCUGUCUGUACAAUGAAAAAGCCAGGCCUGGAGAACAGUUGUACGAAACUGUUUAAAGAAUCAUGUAUGAAUAUAUAUCAAUGUAAUUGAAAACUGAAAUAAAUCAAAUAUACUUUGUAAGAUUUUUAA